AUGCUGAAUGAGCUCUUCAGCAUCAAGCCAGAGAGUGCUGAACAUGCUACAUAUCUUGAAAGACGUCGAUCCAGUUUGUUGCGACGCUUAAGCGCGCUGGAAGACCAAGCCACACCAUCUCCACCCAGUCUCGAAGAAAGUAUGGGAACAUCGGGCUCUACUACUGAAAAUGCAAUGACAGAGGCUAAUUUGAGUGAUAAUCAUUCAUUUGAACAGACAGCGGCAUCUUAUGAGAAUGAAAAUGUACUCGCGUCUCCUGCGAAGUUGAGUGCUGUGUGUCCUGUGGUACUGGAGAACGUGACAUCAUUAUCGCUCUCUGAAACACAAUCCUCGUUUUACUCAUCAAGCUUCCCACCGUUGGCGCAACCCUCGCAAAUAAGCAGUGAAGUGGAUGAAUCCCAGGUCUAUACCGACCAGAUGUGCACUUACAGUUAA